AUGGCUCCUACACGCGUCGGCAUCGUCGGGCUAUCUGCCAAGGGGCCAGACUUCGUCCCGGGAGCGUGGGCCACAUUGACCAUCCUGCCGUCCAUCCAGAACUCGCCCGAGUACGAGAUCGUCGCCCUCUGCAACUCGUCCGUCGAGGCCGCCCGCCGCUCGAUUGCGAUGCACGGGCUCCCGAGCUCGACCAAGGCCUACGAGGACAUCCGCGAGCUCGCGGGGGACGCCGACGUGGACCUGGUCGUUGUCAGUGUCGGCGUGUCCAAGCACCUCGAGCUGGCGGUCCCCGCACUCGCCGCCAAGAAGAAGGUCUAUAUCGAGUGGCCGCUCGGGGCCUCGGUCGCAGAGGCCGAGAAGCUGGCCGGACUGGCUGAAGCAGAUGGGCUGCAGACCAUUGUCGGUCUCCAGGGCCGGAGUGACAGCCUCACCGUCAAGCUGAGGGAGAUAGUCGAAAGCGGCGAGAUCGGCGACCUCCUAAGUACUUCUGUCGUUGGCACGCUCUUGACCACCCCUCCGAGUUACUGGGUUGAGGGGGCUGAGUAUUACCUCGACAUCAAGAGCGGAGCGAACAUGUUCCACAUCGGCUUUGGACACUUCCUAGACUCAUUUACUCACGUCCUUGGCGAUUUCGACCUCGGCACUCUGUCGUCCGUCCUCAAGAUUGACCUCACACAGGGGCCCCUACACAACGCAGAGGGGAAGGUCGUCGAUCCGGCAUACCCGAAGAGCGCGCCCGAUCACGUCCUCGUUCAGGGAAAGCUGAAUGGCGGUGCCACGGCCUCGCUCAACUUCAGGACAACCAGUGCCACUGUUGGUGACGUUGGCGCCCGCUGGAUCAUCAGCGGGACCAAGGGAGAAAUCGAGGCCAGCUGGGGCAACAUGGUAAUGUGGCAGGCCCCCCACCCGAGCAAGAAGCUCAAAGUGAAGCUCUUCACCGGGGAGGAGCGGGACGUCGAGCUGAAGAGGCCGGACAUCCCCGCCGUAGCCAGCGUUUCAGACUUGGCGCUGAACACGGCUCUGAUCCUGGAUGCCUUCGCCCAGGGUAACGGCUCGCGGUAUGCCAACUUUGAGUCUGCGUUGAAGACCCAUCGUCUAUUGGACGAGAUCUUGAAAAGGUCCGGUGGGCGAAGUGAUGCUGAGGCCGUCCCUGUACUGAAAUGCCGAGAAGCAGCCGGGGGAGGGGUGGCAUCAGGCACGGCGUCAGAGACAAACCCAGAGACGCAGAAAACCAGGCACAUCGCCAUCCUGGACACGGACGUGAUGGUCCCGGCUGUUGUUCCGACCUACGGCCGAUAUUUCAGUGGGCAAUACAUCAAGCUCCUCGGCGCAGCCGCCAAAAGGCUCGGCGUGUCCCACCUUGUCCGCUUCACGACCUGGGACGUCGUCGCCGGCCACUACCCGGACCCGUCGGACGUCGACGCGAUCCUCAUCACCGGCUCCAUCGCGGCCGCCUACGACACCGACCCCUGGGUCCUCGCGCUCGGCGCCUUCAUCGAGGGGGUCUACGCGGACCACCGCCACGUCCGCAUCUUCGGCACCUGCUUCGGCCACCAGCUCGUUGGCCGGGUGCUUCUCGGCCCGCACGGCGUCGUGGUGGAGAAGGACCCUAACGGCUACGAGUUCGGCGUCCAGACGAUUGCACUACACCCGAGGCUCGUUGAGGACUUCCCGUGCCUGGAAGCGCUCGGUGGUGCCGAACCCAACGCCGCCGCCGACGGCACAGGCCCGAGCCAUCGCGGUCUACGGCUCCAGAUGUGCCACGGCGACCACGUCGCGCUGCCCCGGCCACCGGCAGGGCUCCCCGGGAAUUGGAUCAACAUCGGGGGUACUGCGCAUUGCGCGUUCCAGGGCCUGUACGAGCCGUCGAGGGUCCUCACGAUCCAGCCGCACUUCGAGUGCGACCAGGUCAUCAUGGAAGAAACGAUUCGGUACUUUUAUACGCCGGAUAAGGGGUUCUCAGAGGAGUUCCUAGAACGGGCGUUUGCAGGUACCAGGAGAGAGGACGACGCGGGGGCCGCGGCGGAGUGGGUUCUGAGAUUCCUGGCGAAGAUCUGA